AUGAUUAAUUUUUUGAACGCCAACCUGAAAGCCGAAAGUUUCGAACAGCGAAAUCUGCUGGUUGAAGCUGAAGAUGGCACAGAAGUGGACCAGCGGACGGACUGGUUGGGUGACGGUGAAACGGACCGUGCAGGCGCAAAGGGAUAUGACCUCGAAGCUAGUGGAGUUGGUAAGUAUUUGCAGGGGACAAGCUAA